CUCCGUCGGUGUAGGGCAGCCCCUUAACUCGCUUGCGGGACCCUCGGCCUCCGGGGAAGGCGAGUGCUAGGAAAAUAGACCAGACGACUGAUCAGUGCCUGCAGUACUGAAAGCCAUGGCCCAGGGAACAGUGAUGUUCAGUGAUGUGUCCAUAAACUUCUCUCAGGAGGAGUGGGAGUGCCUGGAUCCUGCUCAGAGGAACUUGUACAGAGAUGUGAUGUUAGAGAACUAUAGCAAUCUGGUAUCCAUGGGACUUUACAUUCCUAAACCUCAAGUUAUCUCCUUGUUGGAACAAGGGAAAGAGCCCUGGAUGAUUGGCAGAGAACUGACAAGAGGCUUGUGUUUAGAUCUGGAGUCAAUGUGUGAAACCAAGCUAUUAUCUCUCAAGAACGAAGUUUAUGAAAUGGAAUCAUGCCAUAGGGAUUUAAUGGGACUUACAAAGCAAGGCCUUGAGUACUCCAGUUUCAGAGAUGUUUUGGAAUACAGAAGCCAUUUUGAAGGGCAAACAGAUGAUCCAAAUGGAAGUUUUCGCCAAGGAAUACUUGGUCAUGAAUACAUGCCUGCAUUAAUUCCACAGCCACUUUUUACUUUACACCAAAUAAUUAAUAAUGAAGAGAAAUCCUAUGAAUGUAAGAAGUGUGGAAAGGUCUUUAGUCAAAAUUCACAAUUUAUUCAGCAUCAGAGAGUUCAUGUUGGGGAAAAAUCUUAUGAAUGUAAGGAGUGUGGGAAAUUCUUUAGUUGUGGUUCACAUGUUACCCGGCACCAGAAAAUUCAUACUGGAGAAAAACCCUUUGAAUGUAAAGAAUGUGGAAAGGCUUUUAGUUGUAGCUCGUACCUUUCACAACAUCAAAGAAUUCACACCGGUAAGAAGCCCUAUGAAUGUAAGGAAUGUGGGAAAGCGUUUAGAUAUUGCUCAAAUCUUAUUGACCAUCAGCGAAUACACACUGGGGAAAAACCUUAUGAAUGCAAAGUAUGUGGAAAAGCCUUUACUAAGAGCUCACAGCUAUUUCAACACGUGAGAACCCACACAGGUGAGAAACCCUAUGAAUGUAAGCAGUGUGGCAAAGCUUUUACUCAGAGCUCAAAACUUGUUCAACAUCAAAGAAUUCACACGGGUGAGAAACCUUAUGAUUGUAAGGAAUGUGGCAAGGCCUUUUCUCAGAGCUCACAGCUUCAUCAACAUCAGAGAAUUCAUGCUGGGGAGAAACCCUUUGAAUGCCUUAAAUGUGGAAAGGCCUUUACUCAGAACUCACAACUCUUUCAGCAUCAGAUAAUUCAUACAGAUGAAAAACCAUAUGAAUGUAAUGAAUGUGGGAAGGCCUUUAACAAAUGUUCAAAUGUGACUCGACAUCUAAGAAUUCACUCUGGUGAAAAGCCCCGUAACUCUAAGGAAUGUGGCCAUUAGGGGCUCAGAUCUCAUUCAUCAUCAAGGAAUUCAUACUGGUAAAUACUCAAAAUUAAAGCUAUUGUUACUUAAUAUUUUUAACAGUAGCAUUUUUGAAGACUCUGGAGAUGACUCAAAGGACUAAAGUGCAUGUUUUGCAUA